GGUUUAUGUUUCGCUUCCUUACAGAGUGAAUCUCUCCCUCUUUCUCUGUCUCUGACUCUCUUUCAAGACACCAGGAGAGCUAUAUAUUUGAUCAUUUAGAUUCUGUGCUGUCGCAGCAUCUGUCAAAAUAAAGGCCAACUGAUAAUAAGAUUGUCUGUGAGGGCUGAAGAGAAACUGAUGAUGAAUGAAGAUCAGGUGAAAGAGAUAAUCCAGAGAUGGAGAAAUACUCAAGAAGACGAUCUGAAGCCUGAGGACUACCAGCAGUUCAAGACUUUGGGAUCUGCCUGUCUCAGUGAGGGUGAAAGUCAACAGCUCUUAAAAUUCAUACAAGAUGAGAAGAACCAGGUUAUUGUGAAAUCUAUGGGCUGUGUUAUAUUGGCACCUCUUCUAAACGAAGUUGUAAAAAAAGCUAAGGGUCUGGAUCAAUACCAAGCUGCCAUCACACAUCUGACCAGGACUUGCAGGCCAAAUGAACUCCUGGAUAGCAUGCUUGAAAUAAUUGAAGGCAUUGAUCCAGAUGCCAUUUCCGAGACAAUCCUAGCCCUUCUUCCGCAUCUUCAAUCAGUACUUCUCCGGCUGGAUGAGGGGAAGGCGGCCUGUGUGGGCUCGACUCUGUCGGCCCUGCAGAAGCAGCUGUCCCGGCUGCCUGUGCCUUACACGGAGCAGCAGGAGGAGGCUGAUGAGUACGGCCUGUGCCGCUGCAGCGCUGCCUUGACUGUGUUCACAGAACCUUUUGUGGAGGAGGUGAAGAGGACAGACGGAAAUUGUGCUGCUACAGCUGAAGAUGAAGAGCUAAAGAUUGAGCUUCUGCAGUUCUGCAUGAGGAGUUUGAGAGAGCCUUUGCUUGAGGCUGAACUGAAGCAUGACAGAAAAUCACCAUUGUGGCUCUUUGCAGUAGAGAUAAUGGUCACACUUUCUGCAAUCAAAGAGCCUCUUCCGGGGCUCUUAUUCUUCAGCUCACUGAGGAAAAACAUCCUGAUGGACAAUAAUCAGUUCAAGGAGGCGAGAGCAUGUCUGGCUUAUCUGCUGUUUGUUCAGCUCAUAACCAUUGACAACUUUCCAGCAGUGUUCAGCCAUGUGUUUAUUCUCCAGUGCAACAUGGAAUACAUCAGUCAGCUGCUCAGCAACAAAAAGGAAUCACAUUUGCUCAAAGGAUUGGCGCUGUUCACAAAAAGCUUGGAGCGUGUGCAGGACAACAGCCUCCCAGUGAGUCUGCUGGAUCUGAAGAGCUUCUACAGUGUACCACAGAACCUGCGGCGAGUUCUUACUGACUGCCCAAUACAGCACUUGAGAGAAUCGGGCCUGCAGGUUUUCCAGGUAUUCAUCAAUAAAUUAGAUGCAGAAGCAAAGCACAAAUUCUUCAGAUGCAUGUUAAAAACCAGCAAUCACGCAGGAAUAGAAAGUUAUAUAAUCAAGAACAUCAGGAAUCAAUUUGAAUUUUCUAUGAAGCGGGGUAAUGCCAAUGAGUGGUUCUUGGGAACGGAGUUUAUUUCGCUGAUGAGACUGGUGCUGUGCUUGCCACAAGGUGCUGAGACAGAUUUGCUCAGCAGUAUGGACAAGGUAAUGGAGAGCCUAAAUCUGCUACGCUAUGUUCUUAUCAGAGACGAAGAGCUGAGAACCAAUGAAGAUGUGUGGGAAGAGUUGUGCAGGAUCAAAGAGGAAUACCUAAAAAUGCUGCGUGUAUGUAUCAGCAUAUCAAGAGCGUAUUACUCCUCUGAACUGAAAGCACUGAGGGAGGACCAAAAACUAAAAGCAAAAGAAGCCAGAGAUGCUGCUCGAUCCACUAAAUUAGUCAAAAGCAUGACAGUAAGGAAGGAGAAAGUGUCCAACAUGUCCCCGGAGGUCCAGCAUCAGGUGCUGCAGAGUGCUUUGGUGACAUUUGACCUCAUGGAGAGUCUUAUAGUCCGAAUAGAAGAGAUCACAGAGGAAAAACUGAACAAACUGAACUGAGGCUCUGAAUUCAGACCCUUCAAUAUUUUUCUAAAUAUAUCUUUAUUUGGUUUGCUUUGUUUUACUGAAUAAAGUGUGUGCUUAUAUACAAGAAUGUAUACAAGAUGAUACUAUAUACUGAAAU